AUCGAAAAGUAUAGGAAAUGGUAGUGCGCGAGACGUAAUUUUUCUUUUUUCUUUUCCUUUUUUUCUUUUUUUUUAAGUAAAAAAAAAUAUAAAUUUAUACGAAAGAAAAUUAUUUCGAAUUUUUCUUUUCCUUCGUAAAGCUUAUCUUAUAAAUUUAAAUGUCAAACGAUAAUUUAUAUUUCAAAGAAUUUGAGAAAAUAUCGAUGAGAAUAGAAAUAGGGAAUUAUAUUCCGGCGGAAGUUGUACCUUCAUUGGAAAUAUAUCCCAUCGUUUAUAAUACUUAUUAUAUAUUUUUUUUUUUUGAAUACGAACGAAUGUCUACGUUACUUGAAAGAUUUAUAUAUAUCGUUAAUAUCAAUGUGUAAAAUAAAUAAAUAAAUAAAGACAAUAAAUAAAGUAUAUCUUCAAUAUGUAUCAAUAAGAGAAUAAUAAUUUUUAUAAUUGAUGAUUUUUUAAUUGAUAUUUAUAUAUAAAUCUAAUAAAAGUGUGUAUAUUACAAAAAUUAUUGAAGAUGAGUGUAGAUACUACGUUACAUAAGGACGAAUGCCAAACUAACAGUAUCAAUUGUAAAAGAACAACGUAUAUGGAUUGGGAUGAAUAUUUUAUGGCCGUAGCAUUUUUAGUUGCAAAACGUAGUAAAGAUCCAAUUACUCGUGUAGGAGCAUGUAUAGUUGAUAAUGAUAACAAAAUAGUAGGUGUUGGAUACAACGGUAUGCCCAGAGGUUGUAGCGAUGAUAUAUUUCCUUGGGAAAAAAAUUCUGUCAAUAAAUUGAAUGAAAAAAGGCUAUACGUGUGUCAUGCAGAAGUUAAUGCUAUCUUGAACAAAAAUUCUAAUAAAUUGAAGAAAUGUAGAAUGUAUGUUGGUCUUUUUCCAUGUAAUGAAUGUGCAAAAGUAAUUAUACAAUCUGGAUUGAAGACUAUUAUUUACAUGUCAGAUAAAUACAGUCAUAAAAUUAAAACCAUAGCAGCAAAAAGAAUGUUUGAUGCCGCAAAAGUUAUGUACAUACAAUAUAUACCUAAGAACGAUAAAAUUGUGAUUGAUUUUAAUGAAAUUAAUUAUUUUUUAAAUAUGGAAAGUUUGGAAUCUGACAUUGUUGAGAUUGGCUAUGACGUACAGAAUCACAAUGAUAACUACUGUGAUGAAUCAACUUUAUCAUUGGAAAAUGAUAAAACUUCGACGAGUGCAGAGAAAAUCGAUGAAGCGAGCGAAGAGAGAAAAAAAAAAUUCAAUUGAAAUGAAAAGUUUAAUAAAAUAAUAUUUUUAUAUAGAUUAUGUA